UUCCUUUCGUCAGGCAGCAGGCGGUGUUGGGAGAAGAACUGUGAAGGUGGCGGUAGGCAUCUGGAUGGCUUCUGGUGUGCUUGCCCUGCCCGCUGCCCUCACGUCUGGGGUGAAGGAGUACUCGAUCGGCCACAAAAACAUCACCGUAUGCAUUCUCUUCCCACACGACCUGCCGGAGUGGUAUUCCAAGGUGUACGUGGUGACCAAGUUCCUGCUCUCCUAUUUGUUGCCUCUGCUGGUGAUUGCCAUUUUUUACCUCCUGAUGGCGAUGCAUCUUCUCUCCGCCGAAGACGUACCCCGAGAGUCACACGUCUUCCACAGGCAGCUCAGGACACGGAGGAAGGUGGCAAAGAUCGUACUCACCUUCGUAUUUAUCUUUGCCGUGUGCCUCCUUCCAACUAAUGUGUUCCUGCUCUGGUACUACGUUUUCCCCAGCGGGUCCUAUACCGCAUUCUGGCAUGCCGUUCGUAUCAUUGGUUUCUGCCUCUGCUUUCUUAACUCAUGCAUCAAUCCCAUAGCUUUAUACUGCAUCUCUGGAACCUUUAGGAAAUACUACAACCACUACCUCUCGUGCGUUUUCUGCUGCUGUGACAGUGGCAGCGGGGUUGGGGGAACGCGCACACUCCUUCAUCCCACAAAUUCGGCGUUGUCUCGCUGUCGCUCCUUCACUAUGCGAGGGACGGAGACUAUCACUCUUACUACACUCGUGCAGGACCGUUCUUCCCCCGCCACCUCCUGACACACGUCCUCCCAGACCUGUUCCCCUGCCCUCACACGACAUGCUCUUUCUCUUUCUCCUGCUUCGUCACCCACUCACGCCGCCGUCUACAGACAGGAAUCCCCGCGCUGUGCGCGACAAUUACUUGUAGUGAGCAACAAGGACGUGAACUGUACCUCCUGUAUAUACGCAGAGGUUGAGUUGUGAAGCUGGUGUGAAAAAGAAGGGAAAAGGUGUAGUCGGAAAAUCAAUGCCAGUCCUCAUGUCUUAAUGGAUUAAAUUAUAAAAACUUUCCUUAGCACUAGUUAGACCUCAUCUCGAUUAUGCAGUUCA